ACAUCGUCGACGCCUUUCUUCUACUACAACAGCAUGGGCAUGUUUACUUCUCUUCAGUUACUACAGUCAUUCCAUCAGAUACUCUGAUAUUGAAGCUUGCCACACGCAUGAUGCCUCAUCGAUCAUUUGGGGUUUUUCCCCUGAGCAUCGUCCUCCAAGCUGUCCUGAUAAACUUGCUUGGAUAUAGCAAGGUUGUAGGCGCAUCAACAGGUGUUCUGGAAGUGGACCUCAUCUUUCCUCGAAACGAGACCUAUGCGCCCCAAGAACGGUUUCCAGUUGUAUUCGCCAUUCGGAACAUCGAACUCGCGCAAUUUGUCGCUCCAGUGAUUACCUUCAAAAUUCGCGAUUUGGACGAUCUCGACAGUCCGCCAAUUGGGGGAGACACACACGAGGUGCGAUACUUAGAUGCAACCAGCAAGGAGCUUGUGCUAGCACACAGCCCAUUUGGAUUCAGUCUUAAGAAGGAGAGUCGUUGGCUGCUGGCCUGGGACGUAGGAACCAGAAAUUGUACUGAUACAGGCAUGGGCGAAACAAGCCUGAAAUAUAACUGGACAUCUAUUCCGAUGCGAUUUGCAACCCAGAACGGCGGGCAGGAGGUGAACUUGGCCACCCCGACCACUGCCACGACUUGCGAUGAGAGCCAAGGGGUUACUGUCAACGUUACAGAGAUCAUGGAAAUGCCAAAUCACGUCGAUCCAAUAGGCGUCGAUUGGAUUUAUGGAGAGUCUUGUGCGUCACUGGCAUCCAAUGCUCCGCCACCAAGUGCUUGCCAGGUCACGAUAGAGUCCAGUGCUGCUGCAAGUAUUUCUUCAGCAAUUGAAAAAAGGUGGUGUCAGCGCACAAAUGCACCAUUUAAUUGCGGAGAGAGCAGAAAUAAAAAGAAUGCCGCAGAUAGAUUUGGUGCUAGAGGUUUCAUCGCUGUAUUAAUCACAUUGGGUUCUGUACUGGCUCAAUGGAGCUUUUAAAUGUUUAUACCAUUUACUUUACUUUGUGUAGAAUACCCCCUUUCAUCGCGAUAGCUCUACUGUGUAGGAUCACUAAUUCGCGCCUGUGUUCAGAGCUGUGUUGGAAGAUCAGGACACCCAAAGAUAAGAUUACGG